AUGAGCAUAAAGCAGAAGCUUACUGGAGAUCAACUGAAAGAGUCUUCAUUGAAGCCAUUGUCUGUUCUUGAAGGUAUCUACGGCCCUUUUUAUCUCGACAAUGGUUCCAAAUCGGGGAAAUCUUACGCGAAGAAGACAGGUCUUUUCAAAUAUUCCAAGUAUUUCGAGAAGGAGCUCAGGAUCUUGCUUCGCUUCCACAAAAAUCCCUUCAUUGUCCGAUCAUCUAGCCAUCAUGUUCACUUCGAGACCAACGAAAAAGGCGAAAGUUUGUGUUCCAUCUACAUGGAGUUUGCUUCCUUAGGCAAUCUCAACAAGAUGAUCUCUGAUGCCGGAGGAGCAUUGCCUGAGGCUAUUGUCAUGCGCGCCACUCGCAUGAUCCUUCAAGGGCUCAAGGCUCUUCACUCGGAAGGUUACGUCCACUGCGACCUCAAGCCGACCAAUGUACUUUUCUUCCCUUCCACCACUCCCGGACAGCCAUGGGAUCUCAAGCUUACUGGUUUUGGCUUAUCCAAAGAGCCUACUAUGGACUCUAGGCUCUAUUAUCCUGGAACCCUCCAGUACAUGCCGCGUGAAGCCACUGAAUCAUUCAGGUUUGUUGAGGAUGACCUAUUGACCGGACCCGCACGUGAUACAUGGGCUCUAGGGCGUACGGUUCUUGAAAUGUUUGGGGCCACUCCUAUUAUUGAGAGGGGAAAUUCUUACAAGUGGAGGCUAUACGGAGAUAUCUCUCCGGUGGCCACAGACUUUCUGAGGCGGUGCUUGACGAUGAGGCCGGGAGAUAGGGCCACCGUGGAUGAGCUCUUGGACCAUCCUUUUGUUGCUGAAAAGCUUCCAUUCUAUCUUUGUUUCUUAAGGUUGCCUUCUUUGGUAAGGAAGAUAGCCAAGGAACUAUUGUAUGGAAAACAUGAAGAACUUACUCCAAUACCUGACGGCUUGGACUGGUGA